AUGAGGGCCUUCUACCUGCACAAGGACAUCGCUCCUGAAGAGCUGCCGUCGACGCUCGCCAACGACGUGCCCGAGCCCAAGUGUGCUCCGGGUUCCAACGAGGUGCUUGUCGACAUCCACUCGGCCGCCUUCAACUUUUUCGACAUCCUCGCCGUCCAGGGCAAGUACCAGGUCAAGACCCCGCACCCGUAUGUUCCCGGUGUCGAGAUGGCCGGCAUCAUCUCCAAGGACUCGCCCAUCCCCGAGGGCUGCAGUUUCAUCCCCGGCAAGACGCGCGUGUUCGGCGCGGCGCAGGGCGCAUACGGCGAGAAGACCAAGGCCGACUACUGGCAGCUCAUGGAGGUGCCCGAGGGCAUCUCGCUCGAGCAGGCUGCGGGUCUCUUCAUCACGUGGCCCACCAGCUACGCUGCGCUCAAGUUCCGCGCCAAUGUGCAGGAGGACGAGUGGGUGCUCGUCCACGCCGGUGCCGGCGGUGUCGGCAUCUGUGCCAUCCAGAUCGCCAAGGCAAUGGGAGCACGCGUGAUCGCCACUGCCGGCUCCGCUGACAAGCUUCGCGUGUGCAAGGAGGUCGGAGGCGCCGACUACGCCGUUAACUACCGCGACAAGGACUGGCAGGACCAGGUCAAGAAAAUCACCGAAGGUCACGGUGUCGAUGUCGUCUACGACCCGGUGGGCAUGAUCAUCCCUUCGCUCAAGGUGAUUGCGUGGAACGGCCGCAUCAUCGUCGUCGGCUUUGUGGCCGGCACGAUCGAGAAGGUGCCCGCCAACCUGAUCCUGCUCAAGAACGUCGCGGUGACGGGUGUUCACUGGGGCGCAUACGUGCGCAACGAGCCGGACAAGAUCGGCGAGACCUGGGAGGCGCUGCUCAACAUGUUUGCCACCAAGAAGAUUGUGCCCACCGUGUUCGAGCACAUCUACGAGGGCCUCGACAGUGUGCCCGAAGGCCUCAAGGACCUUGCCGAGCGCAAGACAUGGGGCAAGGCCGUCGUGCGCAUCCGCGCCGACCCACAAUUCCCUCCCAAGGGCAAGCACAAGCUUUGA